GAAGGAUCCCCCAGCGUCGUUGUUGGUAUAUAUAUAUGCUAUGUCUCGCUGUGUUUUAGCAAGAUGUUACCAUUGUUUUACUAAAUCAAUUCCACCGAAGAAUGAACUGAUUGCAGAGAGGCUAGCUAGAAAAGUAAGAACUGGGCAUUUUUCUAAUUUAUCAAUUAGUGAGAAGCCCAAACUCCUGUCUGUUACAACAUAUGGAAAUGCAGGGGCUCAAGUAAAAGCACCAAUCACACUGAUGCAACAAAGAGGGAUGUCAGAUAAGGCAGAGAACUUUGAGGAGAGAACUGCUCCAUCACUUCUGGGUAGACUGGUAAUCAGUUUAAAGUCAAUGAUGUCUUCACAAGAAAUUGACACUACAAUACCAAUACAGAAUUUACAAGUUGGAGGGACUAUUUUGGUCCUGGGAAUAUCUGACAAUGUUUCAUAUGAAGAAAUCUUUGAAAUGGCGAAAUUAGAUGACAGUUUCUAUUCUUUCUAUAAAGUACUGGAACUUCAUUUAUGGAUGAUGCUUCAGCGCUUGCAGAGAGACGGUAAUGAUGGCAUAGUCGCAGGGAUGGCUCUAGUGAGCGCCAUGUGGUCAGACUUAGAUCCCCGCAUUAAACUUGCUGGUGCCCAGAUGAAACAGAAGAAGGAUGGUUUUCAUUACUUUAAUAAUCAUUUCCAAUCAGCCAUGUUUAGGUAUGAUGAGGCACUGUUAGUUGGAACCGACAUUGCUCUGGCUCAUGCUUUGUGGUUGAAUAUUUACGACGCUAAAGAUUGUGAUCCUAGAUGUUUAGAGUUCAUGGUAGAAUACACUAGGAAACAGAUGCACUACCUCCAAUCUAUUGACAGUAAAAUACUUCUUUGUGGAGAACAGUUUUCAUUUUUGCCUGUAGAAGUGGAUGAAGAAACCAGAAAAAGGACAGAGGAAAGACAGUACAAGAUACCCAGAUACACAAGGAAAAUUAAUUUUUAGAAGAAACAGAGAAUUUUUGGAGAGUAAAAUGGAUAAGUAUUAACAGUAACUGCCACAUGUAGAGACUUGUUGAAAAUAGAGACAAUGUAAAUAAUAGAUAUAAAGAAACAGAAUGAUAAAUGCCUUGUUGGUGUAUGACAGAGAUUGAAUUAUUUUACUGGAGAUUAGACUAUUUUGUUAAAUAGAGAUAUACUGACCCUGUAAAAAAGAGACAUAAUCACUUUUGUAGACAAAAGAAAUUCAGUGAAUGUGUAAUGACGCCCUACAGAAUGAAUGAUAUAGAUCAAGUGACUGUGUGAUUGGAGAUUGUGUAAAUCUGUUAAAAGAGACCUGUUAAGUUUGUAAGGGUGACAUUGUUACUGUGUAAUAAUCAAUUACUGUGUGAAAGAGUCUUAGUAACUCUCACUACAUGUAUUAAGUUAUUAUUGAUAGAGACCUAUAGUCCCUGAAAUGCUCUGUAUUUUACUGGGAUGCUACAAUGUAGGUAUUUAUGGUGAAAAAAUGGAAUGAAGGCCAAUUUAUUUUCUGUAUUUUUUAAGUUACAUAUCCUUUAAAUGUGCAAAAUGUAGCAACAAUCAAAUCCGUGCAAAUUGCAAUUGUUUGGGUUUUAUAGAGAUUUUUUUUAGUCUUUUAAUCAGAGACAAACUAGAUAAAAACUAUUUUAUUUUAAAAAAUAUUAACAGAAUCAUUGACAAAAAUAACACUGACUGGAUGAUAAGAUUUAAAGUGAUAAUAAAACAUUUCAGGGAUUGUAGUUUAUGAGAUAGAAACAGAGUGAGUGUAAAUUAACUGCUAUAAACUCCGAGUAAAUGUAUGAAAAAGAAAUAGUCAUUGUGUGAGACGGAUGCAUUUCAUUUCCAGAAUUUUUUGAAAUUUUCAAUUUUUCAUUUCCGACAUUUUCAAAGUUUCAUCUCCGACAUUUUUCAGGUAGUACUUUUCGGCAAUGAAAGCAAGAUUGAAGACUUCAGUUAUAAAUAUUUUAAAGAAUAAAUCAUUGAAAUCCAAAUAAUGAGUUUUGGUUAGCUUUCAAUGAAGCGAAAAUGUUUUUUUUUCUUUCCCUGAGACACUAGUAACUGUUGUGAACUUUCGCUUAUCUCCUUUUCAAAUAUUCAUUUUAAGUUUGAAAUCAGAUAUCUUAGGAUGGAAAUUAUAAGGCAUUUUUUGAAAAUGUGGUUUGAAAUAAAUUCUUCUAAAAUACCAUUUCCAUCUAUUUAGUUAACAUUAAAAUGCCGAAGAGGUACCCCGCAAAAAUUCUGGAAAUGAAUAAAAAUAAAUGUCGGAAAUGAAAAUAAAAAUUGUCGGAAAUGAAAUUAAAAAAUGUUGGAAAUGCUAUGCAAAAUUCCAGGAAUGAAAUGCAGCGUGUGAGACAAAGUAGCUGUGUGCUACUGAUAUUUUGACUGCUGUGUAGUGCCUGAGUGGGGUAUCAGGAAUUGUGUACUUUGAAUAACUUUAGGCAAUACUGCCAAGUUACUUUGACCUGUAUUUAUUGUGAAUAAUUGUACAGAGAUGAGGAUCUGAAUGAAUUUUGUCGGCAUUUGCAUGUUUGUUUGGUUUUUUUUUCAAUAAAUUAUUGUUUUCCAA